GUUGCCCCCUCUCCGGUCUCUCUAAGCCUCUAGACGCCACGCUGCCGCCUUCAGCGCAUGCACCGUUGGCCGCAUACUGCACUGGCACUGCCUUUAAACAUUGCCCCUCACCCACCCCAACCCACUGUGUAAGUCCCGCGCCGAUCCAUUGCCAUCGUCCAUCUUGCCUUUUCCAUCGUCAACGGAUUGGAAAUAUCAUUUGCGUAAUUCCACGCGUCAUCAUCAAGAAACCAUCGUCAAUUAUCUGGCGCCGGCGCCUUUUAUCUGUCUUUUGAAAGCACGCCGCCGUUUUGGGCUCUUCACGUUGGUGACAUAUAUGACGUAGCCUGUGCUGCGUCAACUACUCACCUUGAUUUUUGGCCUUGAACAAAUACAAUCGCGCAGAAAACUUGUAAACAAUGGAGGUAUCACCAAAUAUUCCUGUCAAAAUCUCCUUCCAUGGACAGGAAGCAGAUGCAAAGGUCUUUAUUGCAAGCACCUUUACUAAACCAGCUUGGGAACUUCUCGAAAUGGAGGCGAAUACUUUGGAUGGUAGUGACGCCUACUUCACCAAGACAUUUCACCCCAAGCAGGGGAAAGACUACUACUAUCGCUUCCGAAUCGGAAGAGAUGGCGAAUGGACUGUUGAUGAAAGCAAGCCCAUAGGCGCAGACGAUAAUGGCCAUCGUGUAAAUAUUUUCAACGCCAUCCCAGGAGAGCCUGUAAACACGUUAGGGGAGGCUGGGGCGACCCAAGAUAACCACUCCAAGGCGCCAUUGUUCGCUCAUGAGUGCCUUGGUGCCUACGAAAUCACCGAUGAGGAUCUUGAUGACGAGCCCAUCGAGAAGACAGUUCCUAGGAAGACCCAGCCCAUGGUACCCAAUGCAGACAACGUUGAUGUUAAUGAUCCGACUUUAGAGGAGUUCCCUUGCGACCGAGAUGCGAUUAUGGGGACGCUCAGGAAGAUCCAGUCCAGCACGGAUGUAGCAAUUAUGGAUGACGGUACAGGACGAGCAAGCAUGGAUUCUUCGAAUGGUAACAGCCCACCAUCAUCUUCUCUCAGCCCAGCGUCAAAUAGGCGCCGUGGAAAUUCCUACGGCAGCCAGACCAGCGAGAAGCCACUCACGGCUCUCAACUCGAUUUCGGAAUAGCAAUACUGGGCGGAUGUCGCCGCUUAAUGAUACACGGGAUUUGCUUUGUUGUCUUUAGUACGGCGUAAAGAAUGAAAGCCUCUGGUGCAUGCUGCAUCAGGUGUGCAGGACAUAGUGCCAUAGAGGAGUAGCUCAACUAUGAUAUUCAAUUUUAUUUCUUCAAUUCUUCAAUU